GUCUAGGUUUGCGGAGAGGGAGAGAACGAGAGAGAGAGGAGAUUCAGCACGGGGUUGCUGCUCCUCUCUCCCUCCUUUUCUUCGGACGGCAGGAGAGAGGGCGGGAGGCAGGGGUCGACAGUGGCAUUGGGUGGCCGCUGGACAUUGCCUCCCUCUUCUCUCAGGUCCCUUGCUCUCGUGGUUGGGCGGGAUUGUACAAGCUAGCCCGGCAUUUCGUGGAGUGGCUGGACACGCGGGUGCUGGUGCGCACACAUGCUGGGCGGCGGUUUGCAGGAGGCAAAUUGGGAGGCGCAGUGCGGUCGGAAUUUUUAUCUGGAGGUUGAGGGCGACGGCGAGGCGAGCGGGGUACCAUUUGCGAGGGGAGCUAUCGGUGCGGGCAAUUGAGGAAUCGGUGGUGGCGAGCGAGGAGGGAGGUGGGCAGGUGUAGAGCGGCAUUGGGGCUCGACGAGCGGGCGAGCGAGCGAGCUGGGAUGAGGUGGAUAGCUGGAAGGGCAGGCUGCAUUCGAGGCGCACGGAGGAUGGUGGCAGGGUAGGAGUAUAGGAGCGAGGCGGGAAGGGAAGGAGGGGCGGGAAGGCGAGAGCCUGAUGAGGCUGGGCGGCGUGACCGUGCAAGUGACUCCGAACGGCAAUCUGGGUGGGCGGGGCUUUGCGGAGUUGGGUGGCAUGGCGCCCCCGCGCCCCAUCCCCCCUCUGAUAUCGCGGCCCCCGCCGAAGCAUUACACGUCGCCGUCGCUGUCCCUGGCGCCGCCCUCGGCCAUGGACAGGCAGCGAGAAAUCGGGCAGAGCGCGGAGAGCGAGCUGCAGCAGCAGCAGCAGCAACAACAACAACAGCAGCAGAAGAACAAGGAGGAGGAGUACGGGUCGCGGUCAGGGAGCGACAACAUGGAGGGGGGUUCGGACGACGAUCAGGACGCGGACCACCCGCCUCGCAAGAAGAGGUAUCAUCGGCACACGCCGCGGCAGAUUCAGGAGAUGGAGAUGAUAUUCAAGGAGUGUCCGCAUCCGGACGACAAGCAGCGGCAGCAGCUGAGCAAGGACCUGGGGCUGGCGCCGCGGCAGGUGAAGUUCUGGUUCCAGAACCGGCGGACGCAGAUGAAGGCGCAGACGGAGCGCGCGGAGAAUUCCUUGCUGCGAGCGGAGAACGAGAAGGUGCGCGCGGAGAACGUGAUCAUGCGGGAGGCUCUGAGGAAGACGCAGUGCCCGCAUUGCAGCGUGCCGGCGACGGUAGGGGAGAUGUCGUUAGACGAGCAGCAGCUGCGGGUGGAGAAUGUGCGGCUGAAGGAGGAGCUGGACCGAGUGUCGGCGCUGGCGGCGAAGUACCUGGGGCGGCCGAUCGCGGGGAUGGGUCCCGUGGGGGUGGGGAGCUCGAGCUUGGAGCUGCAGGUGGGGGGCUGGUUGAGUGGGGUGCAAGCGGGGUCGGCGGGUGGGAACGCGGACAUGGUUCAGGGGCCGAGCGUGGCGGAGGUGGCGACGAGACCCGGGGGGUUGACGGAGGCGGAGAAGCCGAUGGUGGUGGAGCUGGCGGUGGCGGCGAUGGAGGAGCUGGUGCGAAUGGUGCAGGCGGAGGAGCCGCUGUGGGUGCGGGCGGGAGGCGGGGGGAGGGAGGAGCUGAACUACGAGGAGUAUGUGCGGCAGUUUCCGCGCGUAGUGGGGAUGGGGAUGGGGAUGAAACCGGCGGGGCUGAGGACGGAGGCGAGCCGCGAAACUGCGCUGGUUAUGAUGAACGGGGUGAACCUGGUGGAGACGCUGCUGGACGCGUCGCAGUGGGCGGAGAUGUUCCCGUGCGUGGUGUCGCGGGCGGUGACGGUGGAGGUGCUGUCGACGGGGGUGGCGGGGAAUCGGAACGGCGCGCUGCAGCUGAUGUACGCGGAGCUGCAGGUGCUGUCGCCGCUGGUGCCGACGCGGGAGGUGUACUUCCUGCGGUACUGCAAGCAGCAUGCGGAGGGGGUGUGGGGGGUGGUGGAUGUGUCGGUGGAGUCGCUGCGGGACAAUCCGCCGCCGUCGCUGAUGAGGUGUCGGCGGCGGCCUUCGGGGGUGUUGAUCCAGGACACGCCGAACGGGUACGCGAGGGUGACGUGCGUGGAGCACGCGGAGUACGACGACCGUGCGGUGCAUCGGAUGUACAAGGAGCUGGUGGGAUCAGGGAUGGCAUUCGGAGCGCAGCGGUGGGUGGCGACGUUGGAGAGGCAAUGCGAGAGGGUGGCGAGCCUGCUGGCUAGCAACAUCGCGCCGCGGGACCUGGGCGGAGUGCCGAGCGCGAGCGGGCGGCGGAGCAUGCUGAAGCUGGCGCAGAGGAUGACGAGUAACUUCUGCGCGGGGGUGAGCGCGUCGACGGCGCACACGUGGACGACGCUGUCGGGGAGCGGGGACGACGACGUGCGGGUGAUGACGCGGAAGAGCGUGGACAAUCCGGGGGAGCCGCAGGGGAUCGUGCUGAGCGCUGCGACGUCGAUGUGGCUGGCGGUGUCGGCAGCGCGGGUGUUUGAGUUUUUGCGGGACGAGCGGCUGCGGAGCGAGUGGGACAUACUGUCGAACGGGGGGAUGGUGACGGAGAUGGCGCACAUCGCGAAGGGGCGGGAUCCGGGGAACAGCGUGUCGCUGCUGAAGGUGAACGCGAUGAACGCGAACAACAGCAACAUGCUAAUCCUGCAGGAGAGCUGCACGGACGUGUCGGGGUCCCUGGUGAUCUACGCGCCGGUGGACAUCCCGGCGAUGAACCUGGUGCUGCAGGGGGGCGACCCGGCGUACGUGGCGCUGCUGCCGUCGGGGUUCGCUAUCCUGCCGGACGGGCCGGGGGGCGGGGAGAGGUCGGGGUGCGGAGGGGAGCAGGCGGGGCAGGGGGCGGAGAGCGGGCGGGGAGCAGGGCGGGGGUCGCUGGUGACGGUGGCGUUCCAGAUUCUGGUGAGCAGCGUGCCUUCGGCGCGGCUUUCGCUGGAGUCGGUGGCGACGGUGAACAAUCUGAUAUCGUGCACGGUGCAGCGGAUCAGGGCGGCGUUGGUAGCGGAGGAGUCGUAGAGAGGGGGGCGGGGUGGGUGGGGGAUAGCAUUUUUGUGUGGAAUUUACGGGCGUGGGUGUGGAGGUCCUGCCGGGUCACCACAUGGAUUGAGACGAUCUCAGUCCCGGUGGUGGGCGGUGCAGGGAGGAGCAAAGAGGGUGGGCAUUGAGGAGCGUUCAAGAUUGUGUGUCGUCUCACAUUGAGCGUGGUCUUGAGCGUUCCUCAGGAGGGAAGGGCGGCGAUCAGGAGCAGGACCAGGAGCAGGUGAGGAGUAGAGUGGCGGAGGAAGACGACGGAGACGGAGGCGGACGCUACGGGGGGGACGUCAGGGUGUGGGAUUUGGGGGACGAACAGGGACAGAGACGAGGUAGAAUCGGGAGGGAGAGGAAGCGAGUCAAGAGCGAACCACCAGUGAUGGCCCUGGUUGCGUGGCGUGGUGGGAUGAGUGCACCAGGCGGUACGAGGCGGAUUCCGUGGAGGGGCGGGAUGGUCGCACAGUGGAGGGAGCAGAGCGGUGCAUGUGCUACACCACGCAGGCAGGGUAGUGGUUCGGGCAUUGACCGAGUUCCGGGGGUCCCCCGUUGGAUUUGUACCAGCAUGUGGAAGGAUGCGGGGGCAAAUCUUGUGUUUGACAGCUUUGCGGAUUUUGGAAGCCUGUGAUGAGUACAACACGGCUCAUCAUUGCACGUUGUAUAA